AUGCAGAAAAAGAAUAUAUUUUCGCGUAUAAUCGGCGCUUUAGCUAGAAAGUUUCGGGUAUUUCAAGAAAUAUGGUUAUUCCCUUGGUUUGGGAAGCGUAAGUUGUCAGCAGUACCACUUUGGACUCUUGAUACCUUUGUACUCAUUCUCAAAUUAUGUUCUACGAGUAUAAUGGCUGUUGCACGGACACUUUUACCAGAAACAAAGAAGUCUUUAUAUGGGGAAACCAUACUGGUAACUGGUGCGGGUUCUGGAAUAGGAAGGGAACUCGCGAUUCAAUUCGCUGAACUUGGAGCUACAGUUGUAUGUUGGGAUAAAGAUGCUAGAAGGAAUAAUACUGUCGUCGAUGAAAUCAGGAAAAAAGAUGGAGAUAGUUUUGGAUACACAGUAGAUGUUACUAUACGUGAACAAGUCUCGUCGGUAGCAGCUAGUAUCCGGCGACUAGCAGACGUGACUAUGGUAGUCAGCAAUGCAGGCGAGUUGACUUGUGCGCCACUAACGCGCUUAAGUCCGGAAUAUGUCGCAAAACUUAUUGAAGUAAACUUGUUGGCACACAUAUUGGUAAUUCGUGCGUUUUUGCCGAGUAUGAUAGAACGCCGGUAUGGUCAUAUUGUAGCUAUUAAUUCCAGUUCUGGUCUAAUGCCCUGUGCGGAUAUGACACCUUACUGUGCUGCUAAGUCUGGAUUAAAAGGUUUUAUGGACUCGCUCAGCGAAGAGCUCCGCCUGGACACGUGGACAGACAAUAUCAACACCACUUCAGUGUACUUGGGCACUGUGGCCACUGGUCUAUACCCGACGCCGAACCACCGCUUCGUAUCCUGGUAUUCUGAUAUACCUGCCAAGGAGGCUGCCAGGAUUAUUAUAGAAGGAAUACGAAAAAACAAAAAAUGCAUUUGCAUACCAUCAUAUGUGAAGUUUCUAACAGAUCUGUACAACCUUAUGCCGUACAGAAUAAGGAUUGUUUUAAUCGAUUUCUUUAAUUUUGGACAUAGGGGUUGGUUCUGUUUUUGCUAA